CUUGUUUUUUUUGCUGCAGGAGCGCUCUUUUCUCCUUUUCCAUUCCUCACCUUUUCAACUCUUAUUAUUACUACUAGUCGGAAUGGAAGAGCAGACCAUCCAGCAACUGACUACGCUCGUGGGUAAUGGAGUCCCCUUGCGUAAACGCAUGGUGGCUGAUUACAACCAUCUGCCCCAAAUCAAGCGCUGGUCCCUUGUGAUCCUCAGAAAGUAUCUGUGCGUGGAUGACCCCAGCAUCGUCCCCGAUGGAGCCUGGCUGGUCGUACCUGAGCAGUCUUCGAUGCAUUGCUUUGCGUGAGAAGGGAUAAGUUGGAAGUGCUUCGCCUGGCGUCAGGCAGCAAUGGGCAACGAAAAUUGAACCGGCCACUUGUUGCGCUCGCCAACAUGCCUGUUUCUUUUAGUGCACCACUGUUAUUUUCAAUAAAUACGAACGCUAUAUCAGCA